CGCAGUUUUCGGGGCGUGGUUUGAUUGGCAGAGUAAAUAGAGUCUGAUUUAUUUUUCUCUUUAAUUUCUUUUAUUUUUAUUUCUAUUAUUCGCGAUGUGCGCGAGCUCAGGAGCAGCUGCAUUACACCAGCAAUACUUUUAAUUAAUGAAUGGCGGAGGAGUGAUGACGUCAGAGUUGCUACUGAGUGCACGUGCACAGAACUGAGAGCUCCAUCAUGCCGGCUGAAGACGUGCGUCAGAGGAAAGCAGGCCGUAAGAAGUCUAAGAAAGGGAAAGGAAAAGGACUGAGUGAUGAGAAGACGAGUGGAAUAAACGGACGUGAUGAACUUAUCUCAGCUCCUCCUGUGUCCUCGCCCAAGAGAUUCACUGAGGAGAAAAAGAAGACAGCUCAGGCUAAAGUGGAUGAGGAGACGUCAUGGUCCAUCUGCGCUCAGGUGAUGUUCCCCUACCUACUGGCUGGGAUGGGGAUGGUCAUGGCCGGGAUGGUGCUGGACAGCGUGCAGCACUGGGAUGUGUUUAAAGUGAUCACUGAGGUGUUCAUCCUGGUUCCUGCUCUUGUCGGUCUUAAGGGGAAUCUGGAGAUGACUCUGGCGUCUCGCCUCUCCACUGCUGCCAACAUGGGGCAGAUGGAUGAUCCUAAACAACAGUGGUUAAUGGUGUGCAGUAAUCUGGCACUAAUACAGGUCCAGGCGACGGUGGUGGGUUUCUUGGCGGCUUUAGCGGCCGUGGCUUUGGGUGCCGCGUCGAGAGGAGGGGUGGAGCUCCAGCAGGUGGCGGUGUUGUGUGCUAGCAGUGUGACCACCGCCUUCAUCGCUGCUUUAUCUUUAGGUUUGGUGAUGAUUGGAGUGAUUAUCGGUUCCCGGAAGGUUGGCAUUAACCCUGACAAUGUGGCUACGCCCAUCGCCGCCAGUCUAGGUGAUUUAAUCACGCUGUCCCUGCUGGCAGGAAUCAGCAGCACACUGUACCAUUACAGAGAUGUGUGGUACGUGUCCCCGUUAGUGUGUGUGUUCUUCCUCGCUCUAAUUCCACUGUGGGUUCUCGUGGCUCGACGAAGUGUUCAGAUCAGGGAAGUUCUGCGUUCAGGAUGGCAACCUGUUAUAGUGGCCAUGUCCAUCAGCAGUUUCGGAGGUUUGAUUUUGGACAGAACUGUCAGUGAUCCUCAUUUCGAGGGCAUGGCUGUGUUUACUCCCGUCAUUAACGGUGUGGGUGGGAACCUGGUGGCCAUCCAGGCGAGCAGAAUCUCCACCUACCUGCACUUCUGGAGCAUUCCUGGAGUUUUGCCCUAUAAAAUGAGGCAGCACUGGCCGAACCCCUGCGUCUCCUUCUUCUCUACAGGAGUGAACUCUAAAUCUGCCCGUGUGCUGUUCCUCCUCGUCGUCCCGGGACACCUCGUCUUCCUCUUCACCAUCAAAACAUUACAUGGAGGCCACGCCCCUAUUACCCUGCCCUUCAUCUGCUGCUAUCUGUGUGCUGCACUCAUACAGGUGGCGCUGUUGCUCUACACGGCAGAUGUGAUAUUGAGGUUCAUGUGGAGAAGAAGCCUGGACCCUGAUAACUUCUCUAUCCCGUACCUUACGGCCCUGGGGGAUCUGCUGGGAACUGGUCUGCUUGCUCUCUGCUUUCAACUGGUGUUCCUUCUGCAGGAACUUGGACUAUAAUGAGACUCUAAUCUCCUCCUCUUCCUCCUGCUCCUCCUACUGUACAGAAACUCCACUGUGCCUCAUGUUGAAACCUCCUUCACUGGAACCUGAUGUAACUGCAGGUGAAGAAGAUGAAGAAGAAGCAGGUUCUGAUUUAGGUGGAGUACAGAACUGUUCUCACUAUGAGGGUAAAAGGCAGAGAAAAGUCCGAAACCAACAACUGCUUUCUUUUCAUUUUUAAAACACAAAAAUUUUCCUGACAGUCGGAACGUUCACAUUUUAUUAAAUAAAGGAAGCUUGGAACAUUAA